AUGCGCCCCGCCCUCGUCGUCCUCUCGCUCGCAGCCCUCGCCUCGCAGGCCCUCGCGCAGUCCGUCCCGCCGCCACCGGCAGAGUCGACCGGCUGCGUCCUCCACAACGACCACUACCACUGCGACGGCCCCGCAGCGGGUGUUGCGAGCGCGAGCGCGACUCCGACCGUGUCUGUCCCGCCGCCGCCGGCCGGCUCGUCGGGUUGCGUGCUCCACGUUGACCACUACCACUGCGACGGCGGCAACUCGACCGCGCACGACGACCACGAUGGCCACGAUGACCACGACCACGCGGCCGAGACAACGACCGUCCCCGCCGCUGCCUCCGGCGCGUCGGCUUCCGCCUCCAAGUCGGUGCCCCCUCCCCCCGCCGAGUCGACCGGCUGCGUGCUCCACAACGACCACUACCACUGUGAUGGCCCCGCGUCUGGCGCCGCCUCCGGAUCGGGCACCGGCUCCGCCGCUGCCGGUGCUGCGUCGCCUUCGGCGUCGGCACCCUCCGCUUCGGCUUCGGCGAGCAACAAGCCUUCGCUCGGGUACGCGACCGCGUCGCAGUCGAUCGUGGCGCUCGGUGUUGCCGCCCUCGGCGCCUUCGUCGCCCUCUAG